AUGGAGAAAUCACACCUUCUUCGCUUCCUCAUCGCCGCCGCAGUUCUGGCGGCCGCCUUCCUCAACACCGCCGACGCCGGCGAAGACUUCGACUGGAUCCCGGCGGCGACCUGCCGGGGAUCGAUUGCGGGGUGCAUGGCCGGCGAUGGCGGCGAGUUCGAGCUGGAUUCGGAGAGCAACCGGCGCAUAUUAGCCACCACAAAAUACAUCAGCUACGGUGCGCUGCAGCCGAACAAUAUCCCCUGUUCGCGGCGCGGCGCGUCGUACUACAACUGCCGGCCGGGCGCCGAGGCCAAUCCGUACACGCGGUCGUGCACCACCGCCACACGGGCUAAUUCAAGCAAAUUCGACCUUGCUGGUGAGGACACUGAUCUCACUGAAUAUCUGAAUUUGGGCCAUGUUGAGGGAUCCGGCCCGUUACUGCAGCUAAAACCCUUUCUAAUUCUCAGCCCUCACGAACAGAGGUCUGAUAAUUUGUCUUAUAUAAACGCUAUCGGAUUUCUCCCUCAUUCAAAUUGGUCGACUCAUUUCAAGCAGCUGACAGCUCAGUCAGCGUCUACCAGGCUGUUCAUAGUUGAUUGGGAGUAUUGUCAUCAACAUUCUUUUUCAAUGGCUGGUUCUCUGCUCAAUAAGAAAAAGAAAGGUGCUAAAUUGUUAGAUCCUCCUCCAAGGAAGAAGCAAAAGGCAGAAUUGACUUUACAGAAAGUAGCAGAGAAAGAAGACUUGCUUAGUAGUGAUUCAGAUGACAGUUGUGAACCCGAAGAACUUGACGAAUCUGAUUUGGAAGAACAAGGUAACGGUGACUCUUCUUCAGAAAUGUCAUCUGAUGGUGACGAUCCUUUUGCCCAUGAUAUACUCCUCGGAAGUGAGGAUGAAGAUGAUAAAGAGGAGGAUGCUGGUGCAGAUGCUAGUGAGGAUGCAGAUUCAGAUUCUGACGAGUCUGAUAUCGAAAGGAAAGCAAGAGCCAUUGAUGAGGAAAGGGUGCAGGAACAAGCUGAUGGAGAAGCUGAAUUACAGCUUAACAUCAGAGAAGAAGCUGAUGAGUUCACAUUACCGACUCCAGAGGAGCUUGAAGAAGAGGCGAAUAGGCCUCCUGAUCUUUCCAACCUUCAGAGAAGGAUAAAAGAGAUUGUGCGUGUUCUUUCGAACUUUAAUGCUCUGAGGCAAGAAGGGGCGUCACGCAAGGAUUAUGUCGAUCAGCUUAAAAGGGAUUUAGGUUCAUACUAUGGAUACAAUGAGUUUCUGAUUGAAUCUUUGAUUGAGAUGUUUCCAGUCGUUGAACUUAUGGAACUUAUUGAAGCUUUUGAGAAGCCAAGGCCUAUAUGUCUUCGCACGAAUACUUUGAAGACUCGUCGGAGGGAUUUGGCUGGUAUUCUGUUGAACAGAGGUGUCAAUCUGGAUCCACUAAGCAAGUGGUCAAAAGUUGGUUUGGUUGUAUAUGAUUCACAAGUUCCGAUUGGAGCCACUCCAGAAUAUAUGGCUGGUCACUACAUGCUUCAAGGUGCAAGCUCCUUUUUGCCUGUGAUGGCCCUUGCUCCUCAAGAAAAGGAAAAAAUUGUUGACAUGGCGGCUGCUCCUGGUGGGAAAACUACCUAUAUUGCUGCUCUUAUGAAAAAUACUGGUAUCAUUUAUGCAAAUGAAAUGAAGGAGUCGAGGCUCAAGUCACUCACCGCCAACAUUCACCGGAUGGGCGUAACGAACACCAUCGUUUGUAACUAUGAUGGGAGAGAGCUGCCAAAAAUUUUGGGUAACAACUCGGUUGAUAGGGUUUUACUGGAUGCCCCUUGCAGUGGCACUGGAGUUAUAUCCAAGGACGAGUCAGUGAAAACCUCAAAAACUGAACUAGAGAUACAAAAUUGUGCCCACCUUCAAAAGCAAUUAAUACUUGCAGCUAUAGAUAGCGUGGAUGCUAACUCGAAAUCAGGUGGAUACAUUGUUUACUCUACAUGUUCUAUAAUGGUUGCUGAGAAUGAAGCUGUUAUUGAUUAUGCCCUCAAGAAGAGGGACGUGAAACUUGUGCCUUGUGGGCUUGAUUUCGGGCGUCCAGGAUUUAUUCGAUUCAGGGGGCAUCGUUUUCAUACAUCUCUAGACAAGACAAGGCGCUUUUAUCCCCAUGUCCACAACAUGGAUGGGUUUUUUGUAGCUAAGUUGAAGAAAAUGAGUAAUCAGAAGCAAACUGCACAGCAGCCUGAAAAUACAAGAGAAGAAGAAGAUGAAGCACCUGGAUUUGAAGCAAAAAAUGAAGAGAAACAUGUUGAAGAAGAUGGUGAAAAGCGUAAGAAGAGAAAAAAGGUUGAAGCAAAAGAGAACAAAAAAAGCAGCAAAGGCCAAAGAGAACAAAAUAAGGCGCCCGAAAUUAAUAAGAAAAGAGAGAAAAAGAAACCACCAUCCAGAGAGGAAAUUGCAAAAAACAGAGAAGAAAAGAGGGAAGCUUUGAGAGAAGCAAAGAGGAAAGCUAAAGCAGAAAGCAGAAAAAAGUGAAGAAAAUACCACUGGCAUCAUAUGGCCAAAAAGUGUGCAAUUGAUAAAUUAGAUUCAACUGAUAAACAUCCAUAGCAUGUCUUACGAUUUUAUUAAGGUCAGUUUUCGUAAACUUUCUAACAGAUAAUUUGGAGACUCCCUACAAAAGUGUAUCGUUUUCAAUAGAAUCAUCAGCUACUCUGUAUCGAUAUGUCUAUGAAUUAAUCAUGAAGAAAGCAGCCCCAAGUUAUCACUCAGUUAAGUGAAAUCCAUUUUUUUUACAGAUACAAAAAUGAAUUGGCAAAAUGAUGAUGUAUGGUGUGGAACAAAUGUGCACCAUUGCAUUUAUUUUUAUUUAAUUAGUCCUGUAAAUGCCUUUUUUUUCCUUCAAAAAA